AUGGAUUCUAAUACCCCUGCUCCUCUUAAACCCACCAACACAAAGCUACCAUCUCUAAGGGCAAAGAAAGAUCGCCACACCAAGGUGAAUGGCAGAGAACGACGUGUUCUUCUGCCACCUUUGUGUGCUGCUCGCAUCUUCCAACUCACUCGUGAGCUAGGUUACAAGACUCAUGGUGAGACCAUAGGGUGGCUUCUACGCCAGGCUGAGCCCUCCAUUAUUGCUUCCACUGGCACUGGGAUAUCACCUUCCAUGGCUGCUGUAACAUCAUCAACAUCACCAUCCUCACUACCGUUACCACCACCGCUACCUUCUGAGGACACCAACGUUGUUGUUGGUCUGCAUGCAAAUUCGGUAGAUGUGUCAGUAGACAAUGAGAUCAAUUCAAAAGAGACGUUUCUGCCAUUGGAUUUUGAUGUGUUUUCAAACUUUAAUGUGGAGUUUUCUGCUGCUGAGAUCGAAAUGCUCCAAUCAUUGAUGACGAGGUUGGGCUGA